AUGGGAAUUGGUGAAAUCAUGACUGCCAUUCCACACAGACACAGCAUAUCUAGGCGCUCAUCUAUUCAGCAGCUGCAACAACCGCAGAAUGGCUCCAACUCGCCUCGAGCCGGAAUUAGAGGCCGGAAAGCGAAGGCGGCUUCGAACGAGGUGAAGACUACAAUAACAAGGUUGGAGUACUUGAACAACAAGUUCAAUGUGAAUCCGUCGUUUGAUGUAGAGAUCUCAGGUGAUGAAACAGAUGAUAGUGAACCUGAAGGGGCUAAAGAACACGAAGAAGUAGAAAGAGUAGAGAUAGAGGGUGAGUCCGGUAAACACCGCAGAGCCGAAGUGCACUUCGACCCAAGGUUGCUGGAUAUAGACAUUUUGAAGAAACAGCAAAACGUUCAUGAGAUUGAGUCAAGCCUGGAUCGGUCAAUCUCCCUACUAACCCCGUUGUUUCAAUACAUUCAAGAUUUUGAGUCUAAUUUGAACACGUUGUCCAACGAAAUGGAGGUCUUGCAAACAAGGCUUGUGAAUUUGAACGACGAAAUUCAGAAGAAUAGCAAGGUUGACAAUUUGCUUACGCCUAUACUUAACGACAUGUUGAUUCCUCCCCAAUGCAUCAAGAUUCUUUUGCACGGCAAACUUGACGAGAAGUGGGUCGAGCAGUUAACCAUCCUCCAGGAAAAGAAGGAAAUUUUACAGAACUAUGAGACCAAGGAAAAAUUCAACCAUGAAAACAUUGUCGAAUUAUUGGGGCUCAUUGAUAAGCUGGAAUUGAAGUGUGUGGAGCGGAUUAAGCGGUACUUGAUUGAAAACAUUAAAUACUUGAGAGGUACACACACUUCAUCUGUCAAAGCCCAAAGCAAGUUGCUUCAAGUGAAAGAGAUUUUCGUUUUCCUCAAAAGCAAGAACAGUAGGCUGGCCAAGGAAUUUGAAACGGCAUAUGUUUACACCAUCCGUUGGUAUUAUUAUUUCAAUUUUGUGAAAUACAUUAGCUCCCUUGAAGGGUUGAAAAUACUAGAAAACGAGUAUGAUGCAGAGAGGAAAAGUACGUAUUCUAACAAUCUUUCCUCAACCUCAUCAUCCUACGGCCAGCGUAGUUUAAUGCUAGACAACACAGACUCUAUCAAUGAGUAUCUGAUAAACCUGCCUAAGCGGCUCGAAAAAAUGAACGACGAGAACAACCAGUAUUCCAUUCUUGGACAGAUAGCCGAGUCCAGUGGGAUCGGAGGAAUGAAAUUCAAUAUGGAGCAGAUUUUCGUAUUUUUGAACCAGACGAUGAUGGACAACUUGACCAUUGAGUUCAACUUCAUUGUCGAGUUCUUCAUUCUGACAAACAACGACGACAUAAACAACAUGAUCAAGCAGAUAUUCUCCCCAAUCAUGAAAAUGGGGACAAACUUUACUACAUACUUGUUGAACAACUGCAGAAGCGAUUACUUCGGGAUUCUUUUGACCAUCAGAAGGAUCCAGCGGAUGGAGUACGAGAUCCAGAACCGCUGUCUUCCAGAGUUAUUCGAGAGCUACUUGAACACUCAGCUGCUUGCGCUAUGGCCCGUGUUCCAACGAGAUGUGGAUGCCUUGUGCAACAGCAUCACCCAGACCCUGACCUCUACAUCGAUAAUCAAGAUGGUUGUCAGCAGCAAAAAUAAUAUACUAGUGCCGCUGAAGAUUACUCAGUCGUUCAGCAUUGUCCUCAGCAACCUCGUCCAGCUUGUGCAAAACUUGGUCUUUGAGCUGGAGACAAGCGAGCCCUUGAACAGCUCCAUAGAGAGAUUAAGCAACACCUUCGAAAAGGGCAUGGUCCAGUUAGGAGGAAGUCUAGAUGACGCCAAGGGCAAGCGCCGGCUGUUCUUGUACGUGAACUUCCAGCUCGUGUAUAACGUGCUCGACAACGAAAUGGCUGGGACCCCUCCCACUAAAGUCAGCACCACGGGCGUCGAGGGGCAGGCCAGCCCUGUCGGAGAGACCAUCUGCAAUCACUACGAGCAGCUCGUGCAGGCCUACUCAUAA